AUGGAGCGAUCAUUUCCUAUCCUUGUGUUAAUUUACUCAGACUCUAUAAUUGAUUUGACUGCCAAAAGCAGACACUGGGCUUCCUUGUUGGUAGCAGAACAUGAAAUUAAAUCAAAUAUCAACAAAUUCUUAACAUUCCCCAUGUCCUUGUACUGCUUUCCCUUAUGGUUUGCUACGAAUAUUUGGCAUAAAGUAGAACGGGUCAAGGUCACCGCCUACGUUUUAUACAAAUCCGUUCAUCGUCGUAAUGAUUCAGUUAAAGAAGAUUGCGGCAAUGUAUCGUUGUUGCAAUUAAUAAAGACUGACGAUUUUCUUGGAUUAUUUUAUGACCAGAAGCUCAAUUCUCUUCCGACAGUAACAAGCCGGUUUAUCAUCAGAGGUUAA